AUGUUUCGAAGGGCUAAACCCAAGAAGAACAAACGUCGACGUGUCAUUGAAGAUGAAGAUGAGCCGAAUAUUGACGGAUCCAUUACUGAUGAUGAUUACGUAACUGCUGCUUCCAUGGCCACGGAACGACGAUCGAUCAAUACCUUCUCGACUGGAGGCAUCAAAAAGGCCAAGAACGUGAUCCAGACGAGGUUGAUUAAGUCUGAGCGUGAGAUUGUGCCGCAGCAAUAUGCAGGUGACGCUACCUACGAGGCACAAAUUGACACGGAAAAAGACCGCGAUGCGCGUGCUGUGUUGGAGCGAAGUAUCAAGGUGAAUCAAGAUGGAAGUGCGGAUGCAGAUAGUGGGAAAGUGUAUCGAGGUCAAGCUGCUUACAAGAGCUACAUUACGAAAAAGGAGUCGCAGAUCGGCAUGAACAAAUACACGGGUACACAGGGCCCCAUUCGAGCCCAGACCUGGGCACGGGCAAUUUCGCGUUUUGACUACCAGCCUGAUAUCUCGGGUGGCAAAUUGAGAAAGAAUACGCAGAGAAGGAAAAGAACCGUCAGAAGCGACUCCAAGCAGGGCGAGACCCUGAUAAUGAAAGCGAUGAGGAAGAAAAGAAUGCGACUAAAAAAAAGCAGCGAAGAGCAAUUUGCCUGCACAAUCUGCCGUAGGCCUUUUCGGAAUGCUGUGGAGACAAUUUGUGGCCAUUUCUUCUGUGAAGCGUGCGCACUGAAGCAUUUUAAAAAGUCGUCGCGAUGCUUUAACUGCAAGAAGCAGACCAGUGGCGUUUUCAAUGCUGCUGAAGAACUGCGAGUAAAAGAGCGAGAACAGCGUGUAGGCGCAAUUGAUACAUCGAAUGACACGGCAUAUCCGACGAUAGACGCAGAGGAUAACGCAGGCCGAGGCUGGACGAAAGUCGCAGAAGCUUUGUAA